GCCUGCAGUACUCGCUGCCCACAAAGCGCCAGCUGAGGGGCGGCUGCAGCCGGUGCGGCGUAGGCUGCCAGCUACUCAGCUACUCAGCGUCCCAGCGUCCCCGGAAGCCGGAUUGCCGCGCGAGUCCUGUCAGAGCGAGCACCGCGAGACCGCGUCUUGCUGUCUGCAGAGAGCACUGAGCGGCCGGGCCUGCGUGUGGUGGCGACUCCCGGGACAGGACCGGGCAGCGGAGGGCCAUGGCUGAGGCGACCGCCGCUCCGGUAAGGGCGCUGAUGCACGGGCAUCUCUGUCACCCGGGCCUCGGGGGGAGGCGAGGAGGCUGGGGACGGCCGCGGGCCUGGUCGCCCGCGUGGGUCUGCGGCUGUCGCUUGCCCUGAAGGGCCACCGCGGACCGCAGCGCCGGAGGACGCCGGGGCACCCGUGUCUGGUGUUUCUAACCUACACGCGCCGCGGUGCUUCGCGUCAGCCCGCGGAACGGGGAAGUGGGCUCGAGGUGUUUUUGAAAUCCACGAGCCAUUCUGUACAGCGGUGAGAGCUGUCGUUGCUAGGUGCGGCAGGACAGUCACCUGCGAGGCGGUGAAGGUAAAAGCUAAGGUGUGUCCUGACAGACUGCGGGACGACUGACAGCAUCGCGCGCCCGACAAGCGGAGGCGCUGCGGGGACCUUGGAAGGCCGACACAGCGUAGGCUUAGCCAUUCGUGCGUGUGCUCGUUUGCAGCAGGCCUGCAGUGGGCCCAGCCGUGCACGCACCAGAUAGAUGCCAGGGCUACCAGGACAACCGGCACAGUCCCUGCACACAGCCAUUAAGGAAGAGGGUGUUUAACAGAACGUUCUGACUGGAAAGUAUUGCUUUUGUUUGCCACCUAAGAAGCCUUUGGUCGGCUCGAAGAGACUUUUUUAGUAAGUCAGAAGUCAGGCGGGUCUGCUGAGGAGUAGGUAGGAAGUAAGAAAGGAAGAAGAAACCAGGGGAGCAGUGGGGAGGGGUGGGGAAUAGAGCAGAGGGAAAUCCUUACCAUUAAAGUUUAAUUUACCAAGCGCAAUACUUCCCCCCAUCCCCCAAACCCUUAGAGACCAUUGUGCAUGCUAUAGGUUUAUGCUGAAAACUAUGCACAUACUUUUAGUUCUCUAGUAGUCAUGUUUAGUAGGUCAAACCAUGAUGGUGGCACGGUGGCUCACUCAGGAGUUUGAGAGAGGAGGAUCAGAAAUUUUAAUAUAUGCUUGGCCAAAUAGCCAGAUUGUCUUUAAAAAAAGAAAAGAAAAAAAGAGGAAAUUAAUUUCAGUGAAUUCAGUGAAAUGUUAUUUAGCCCAAUGUAUGAAAAUAUUUUAAUAGUAAUUUUAUAAAACUAUUAAUGAGAUUUUAUACACAACACAUCUCAAUUGAACUGACCACAUUUAAAAUCCUCAGUAAUCACAUGGAAUCAGUGGCUAUGGUUUUGACGAGGGCAAGUCUGUUUUAUGAAGAAGAUUUUGAAAAUACUGAUAUUUUUAAUUUUAAUUUUAAGAAAUAUUUUUAGGGGAUGGAGAGAUGGCUCAGCAGCUAAAAGUACCAGUUGCUCUUGCAGAGGGCCCUGGGUUGGUUCCUCACAUUCACAUGGUGACUAACAACAAUCUGUAACUCCAGUUCCAAAGUAUCUGAUGCCUUCUUCUGACCCUUGAGGGCACCAGACAUGCACAUACAUACAUGAAGGCAAGGCACUGAUGUACAUAAAUAAAUCUAAAUGAUUUAUUAAUUUGAAAAUAUUUUUAUUCUUUGAAAAUUUAAUAGAAUGUAUUUUUGAUUGUUUCACUCUACUGUUCCCGACUCCUCCCAGAUUCACUCCUCCUUCCCUCACAGUGUCCCCCGGUUUCUUGUCCUUUUUUAAAAAUGACCCAUGAGGUCCAAUCUGUGCUUCUCAUAUAUUCCUUGGGGUAGGCCAUGCACUGGAGUGUCAUUGGCCACCAGGAACCACAUCCUUAAAAAAUGGACUUUCCCUUCCCCCAGAAGCUAUCAGUUGUCCAUAAUUCUGCAGUUAUGCAUGGGGGCUCAUGAACUCCCCACUUCUCUUUCAGUGCUAUAGUGUUGACUAGCUUGAUUUCAUGCAGGCAGCCACAACUGAUAUGAGCUCAUCAGUUCAGUAGCCCUGUCACAUCCAGAAGAAACGAUUUGGAUCCAGUCUAAUCCUGGGUCUUAGAAUCUUGCUGCCCUUCUUCCUCAAUGGUCCCCAAGCCUUGGGAUUUGGGCAGUGGUGUGGAUGCCUCAUUUCUGGUUGAGCACUUCAUUGACAAUUGUAACCCUAACUGGCCAAUGUGUAGAUCAGGCUGGCUUGAACUCACAGAAAUAUUUCUGCCUCUGCAAGUGUCACCACACUAGCUAUUGUUUUGUUUUUUAAUGUAUCUUAUAAGUUAGGAGGGUUGGUAUUCAGAGUUUAAGUGGAGAGCCUGGCUUUUAAAUAAGAGGAAACAUUUUUCUUUGAGAAAGAAAGAAAGCAUGUAUUAUUACUGGUAGGUUUGAUGUGGGAAGAAAUAUGAAAAAGAAAAAGAGUUUAGGUCUAAUUACUCCAGUUUCCUUUUUCUUCUUCUGGAGACAGGGCUUUUCUGUGUAGCCCUGGCUGUCCUGGAACUCUCUCUGUAGACUGGGCUGAUGUUGAACUUACGGAGAUCCACCUGUCUCUGUCCUCCUAGUGCUGGGAAUAAAGGUGUGUGCCAACUGGCUUACUUCAGUAUACUUAAGUAAGAUAAUCAUGUCAUCUCUGGAGAGUAAGGGUUCUGUCUGGAUCAGUCUCCUCCCGGUGUGCUCCCUGAAUCAGCAGAUGCAGCACCCAUCACCUAAGAGCUCUCUUAAAGUACACCAUGUCCAUUUCACAGACUUCUGAAUGGGACUCGGAAUGCCUUACAUCCCUGCAGCCCCUUCCUCUUCCUCCACCUCCAGCAGCAAAUGAGGCACAUCUGCAGACUGCAGCCAUUUCCCUGUGGACAGUGGUGGCUGCUGUGCAGGCCAUAGAGAGGAAGGUGGAAGUCCACAGCCGGCGACUCCUCCACCUAGAAGGCAGGACAGGGACAGCAGAGAAGAAACUAGCAGGCUGUGAAAAGACAGUGACAGAGCUUGGGAACCAGCUGGAUGGCAAGUGGGCCGUGCUGGGGACCUUGCUGCAGGAGUAUGGGCUGCUGCAGCGGCGGUUGGAGAACUUGGAGAACUUGUUGAGAAACAGGAACUUCUGGAUCCUGCGGCUGCCCCCAGGUAUUAAAGGAGAUAUCCCAAAGGUGCCUGUGGCAUUUGAUGAUGUCUCCAUCUACUUUUCCACUCCAGAGUGGGAAAAAUUAGAAGAAUGGCAAAAGGAACUUUACAAGAAUAUCAUGAAGGGCAACUACGAGUCUCUCAUCUCCAUGGAUUAUGCCAUGAAUCAACCUGAUGUUUUAUCCCAGAUUCAACCAGAAGGAGAACACAGUACAGAUGACCAACCAAGGCCAGAAGCAAGUGAGAUGCCUGCAGACCCCAGUGAAGAGCCUGGCCUUUCAACCUCAGACAUUCUGUCUUGGAUUAAACAAGAGGAAGAGCCUCAGGUUGGAGUCCCCCAGGAGUCUAAAGAGAGUGAGCUGUACAAAGGUACCUAUGCCGAUGAAGAACUUGUCAUCAAAGCUGAAGACCUUGCUAGAGCUUCCUUGUGUCCUGAAGUUCCAGUAGCCUUCUCUGCUCCACCACCAGCAGCAGCCAAGGAUACAUUUUCAGAUAUAGCUUUCAAAAGUCAGCAGUGUACACCCAUGGCACCUUUUGGACGAACAGCCACUGACCUGCCUGAAGCCUCAGAAGGACAAGUGACUUUUACUCAGUUAGGAAGCUACCCACUCCCACCUCCAGUUGGAGAGCAGGUGUUCUCAUGCCACCAUUGUGGCAAGAAUCUCAGUCAAGACAUGUUAAUGACACAUCAGUGUAGCCAUGCUGCUGAACACCCCUUAACCUGUGCCCAGUGUCCCAAACACUUCACCCCACAAGCAGAUCUUGGUAGCACCUCCCAGGAUCAUGCCAAUGAAACACCACCCACCUGCCCUCACUGCGCCCGGACAUUCACCCACCCCUCACGACUCACUUACCACCUUCGGGUCCACAACAGUACUGAGCGCCCUUUCCUCUGUCCUGAUUGUCCCAAGCGCUUUGCUGACCAGGCUCGACUCACCAGCCAUCGGCGAGCUCAUGCUACUGAGAGGCCCUUCCGUUGCCCACAAUGUGGUCGUAGCUUCAGCCUUAAAAUCAGCCUCCUGCUUCAUCAAAGGGGACAUGCACAGGAGCGCCCCUUCUCCUGUCCUCAAUGUGGCAUUGACUUCAAUGGCCACUCUGCAUUGAUUCGUCACCAGAUGAUCCACACAGGCGAGCGUCCCUACCCAUGCACAGAUUGUAGCAAGAGCUUCAUGCGUAAGGAACACUUGUUAAACCACCGGAGGCUGCACACAGGUGAGCGGCCUUUCCAGUGUCCACACUGUGGCAAGAGCUUCAUCCGCAAACACCACCUCAUGAAGCACCAGCGCAUCCACACAGGCGAGCGGCCGUACCCCUGUGCAGUGUGUGGAAGGAGCUUCCGCUACAAGCAGACGCUCAAGGAUCAUCUACGGACCGGUCACAAUGGAGGCUGUGCGGGUGAUAGGGACCCUUCCGUACAGCCACCAGACCCACCUGGUCCACUCUUAACUGCCCUGGAAACCUCUGGCCUAGGUGUUAGCACUGAAGGUCUAGAAUCUAGUCAGUGGUACGGGGAAGGGAGUGGAGGGGUAGUUUUAUAGAUCUGAGGCCUGUUGGUUAUUUAUGUUCACAGCAGAGCAGAAAGCCCAGGAGAAAGCCCACAAGUUCCAAAACCUAUAGUAAUUAUAUCUGUUACAUAAACGAAUUUGAGAUCUACACUCAACUAGAGACAUGCUUGUGCUUUGGAAAUCCACAGCAGUACAAGAAUACCGUAUUUUGAAAACUGGAAGAGAAUCUAGCAUCCCUGUCUUUGGGUGCCACAAAGACAGAGUUACAAAGCAAGAUAUGGCUUCUGAUCAUCCUGUCAGAGUAGCAGAGUGAGAGUAGAGACAGGUGCAUGGGAGGAACCUCAAACCUUGAAGCCAUCAGGAGGCAUGAGAAUGCUCAGAGCCUUUCUCUAAUUGCUCAGUGGUAAGAUGAUUGUUGGAAGAAAGUGCUUUAGCUGCUUGUUAUGUUGCCAUGUGUCUGAAAUGAGCUAAGGUCUGUUCAUACCAGUGCAGUCACCUUUCCCUGAAAUGUGGUGACUGAGGCUGCAUUCCUAGGCCUAGAUUUUGUCUGCUAAUAUAUUUUGUUUAAUGUUGGUGAACAAGAACUGUGACUUUGAUAGUUUAUUUAAGGGGACAGUUCUUAGUUUUUAUAGCUUAAUUUGAAACAUUCAGAUUCUUGUGGCAGCUGUUAAAAGAGUAGAGAACUUUGCCACAGUUCUGGUUAGGAAAUUACGAGGAGAGUUUUCUCUCCAGGUUUAGGAGCUAAAGAUCCCAGAGAUCCCAGGCACACAGUGCUUGCAUGGCCUAAAACAUUAUAUCAACUUAUCCCUUAUUUUUUCCAAGCCGGUGAUCUGGUUUUUCCAUUUCUGGUGUUUGGUUUUUUUUCUCUCUUUUAACACUGGGUCUCGCUGUGUAUCUUGGCCUGGAACUUUGCUUUGUAGACCAGGCUGGCUUUGAACUUACAGAGAUCUGCCUGCCUCUGCCUCAUGUUCUGGGGUGCACCACAAUUCCCAAUCUGAUUCUCUUUACAGUCCUCAGCAGCAAAGAUCACAGUACUUUGUCAAGGCAUCAAGCACUUCAGAAAGUACCGCUGAGCUUAUGGCUUUUGUUCCCUUGGUAGUAUAAUGCUCUUAGGGAAAGGAUUUCUACUUUGUCUGCCUUUGCCUCACUGGCAGUGAGCAGACAAGAGACCUCUCUCAGCCACCAAGAGCUAAGUAUCAUCUAUCUUACCUGUUGUGCUAAUUUUUUUUAGACAGGGUUUUACUGUGGAGUCCUGGCUGGCCUGGAACUCAGAGAUUUGCCUGUCUCAGUGUCUAGAGUGCUAGGAUUAAAAGCAUGCUGUCAUGCCCAGCCACCUGUUUUACUUUAAGGGGUUGUGGCUACCAUAUGUUCUUCUCUUGGACUUGCUUAGUCAUCUGAGAGCACCUGGACCUAGUUCCAUCCCUAAGUGUCUGUGCGGCCAGGUGUGUGUCUUCUCUUUUCAACUCUCACAUUUUUAUCACCAAAAUGAGGCUGUUGAAAGAAAAGGUGAGCCUCUAGAAACCUUAAAAAGAAAGAAAAUCUUGUGAUACAGUUCUCUGCCAAAAUCCUGUCCUUCCUUUGGCUUCUGUCCAGACAGAUCCAAACAAGACAGGAAAACCAAAGCAGAGAAACUUAUGUAGAAACUUGGUGGAAAUCAGCUUGCCUUGUUGUUCUGCUCUUAGUGGGUCUAGAAGUAGACAGAAAAUGUAGAAGCCUACAUUUGGUACAGAAAGCUUUUGUUCCCACACUCCCUUUUUACCUCUUCUAUGAUGUCUUCUAUGAUGUCUAGAAUGAGAUCUGGAACUGCUUAGACAUGACACUUUUGGAUAGUGGGGGGGGUGCUUUCCCCUUAUUACUAGGCCCAACCUUCAAUCUGCAUAGCUAAUGUAACCACAGUAUGAAAUGGUGUUUGCCUAAUUAAUGUGUUCCUGGCAAAGUUCUGUCUAAACAUGUUGGUCUUCAGAAUAUUCACACACAUAAAACUCUGUUUCGACAUUAAUAACACCAAGGAUCCUAGAAGACUUAAGAAGUCAGGGUGAGACCUGGUCUGCUGACAUAACUUUCAGCCUGUAGGCAAUAAAAGCCCCAUGGAUGGUACCAGAUGAUGAUAGAUCCAUACUAUAUUGGAAUAAGGAGCCACAUCCCUCAAAUCAGCCUUCCAGGUUCAUUAAUGACCCUUAGGGUCUUGAAUGUAAGAUCUGCACCUCAAAAAAAGUGACAAAGCUUUAUCCUCGGGGUGAGGGGAGCAUUUGUUAGAACUGAAGCAAUGCUACUGGACCUAUGGUGUAGAGCUAGAUAACAGCUAAAAUUCAUCUGAACCCAACAGAUUUAUCAAAUAUACACAGUUAAUGAUUGGAGGCUUGUGUGCCAGAGUGCUUCAGACGCAUCCUAGUGUCUAUUCUAUAAGGAGCCAUAGCCAGCAGGGAUCUAAAUUGGCCAAAAGUGAAUUAUAGUUCAAAUAACCACAAGAGCUAUAAAACCAGCUGGGUGAUGGUGCUGCAUACCUUUAAUGCCAGCGCUCACAGGAGGCAGAAGCAGGAGGAUCUCUGAGUUCAAGCCCAGCCUGGUGUAUAGAAGAACUUCCAGGAUAGCCAGGGCUACCCAGAGAAACCUGUCUUGAAAAACAAAAGCCGUAAAACCAAAUAAAAGGGAAUGUGCAGGGCCAUCCCCAAAACAUAAACAACAUAAACAUGCAGGAUCCUAAUCUCUAGUAUAGUUGAUGUAUAGUCUUUUUCAUUAGCCAGUCUCCUGUCAAGUAGAACCCAUUUGUUGUCAAAGAUUCAGAAGUGGCUCAUUGGAAAUUGUACCAUCUAACAAAAGUUUCAGCAAUAGAAUCUCUUUGCCACCUAGUGCCUUGAGAGAAACUAUACCUUUACUCCUGUAAUUAAAGAGGCACCUGGGGCCUGGUGCUCAUGACCAGUCAGUCCCUGUAGAGAAGAAGAAAUCCCAGAAGAGUCCUAUUCAUCUGUCUUCCCCCUAUAUGGUGGCACAAAGACUUCCUCAGAGUGUAUCCAGAAGUUGUCACCAACCAGAUUUACUCUUUGUUUGCUAGAUUUUUUUUUUUGAUUGUGGACAUUAGACGAGCCUCAGGUUCAGCCCCAGAUAUAAAAAUAAAUGUAAAUUGGUUAAUUGUUUAGAAAGUGAAAUAUGAUUGAUCCCUUUCUACUGGGUAUUUGGUAAUGGAAACACCUUAGUCAUGAACUCUAGAGAGCCAUGUUCUACUUACUUCCCUCAUUAAUAAACUUGAUGAAGUUUCUGAUAGGGAUUCCCUUAGGCUUCUCUUGAGAUGAUAUAUAUCUCAGCCAGACCCUGUGGCUUAUGAGACAAUAGCAGAUACUAUCUCAGUCCCAAAAAGUCUCACUGAAAAGCACCUGCGUUCCUUUAUCCAUUUCAAUGGGACGGAAGACCUAAGUUUAUGUCAUAAACUUGAGAGAGACAGGACACUCCUUCCCUCCACUUAUGCUUUAUCUUCUUAGACAACAAAACAGCCUUUGCAGUUGCCUGAGUAUCAAGGAGAUAUUUUCAGAUGAGGAUCUGGUGUUGUUGUGUACAUAUAUAUGUCUAUUUGAAUUGAUAUUUUUGACUCUUCACUCUGGUUCUCUGUAGCAAAGAGGCAGUAGAGACUCAUAUGGGAUGUAUACAACAGGCUGUUCUUUAGUCAAGUUUCAGGCUUCUGUAAACAAUAUAAUUGGGAGUUCAAACUGAGGAACUGGAGUGAUGUCUCAAUCAAGUGCUUGCCAUACGAGCAUGAGCAUCUGAGUCUAAUCCAUAGAACGUGUGAAAAAGCCAGAACUGUUGCCAUAGGCUUGAUUCCCAGCACUGGGAAGGCUCUUGCUGGCCUGUCAGCUUAGCCUAAUUGGUGAGCCACAGGUCAGUUAGAGCCACAGGUCAGUGAGAGACCCUGUCUCAAAGAUCAAAGUCAGUAGCUCCUGAGCAAUAAUUCCCAAAGUCCUUUGGUUUUCACAUGAAAGUACAUACAGAGGUCAGAUUGAUUGUGGGUUGGGGUUAUGGAGGGUGCAGGAACUUAAUGCCCAUCAUGCAUUAGUACAGUAUUAAUGGCUAAGAGCAGGGCUUCUGAUGUCAGACCUAGAUUCAAGUCUCAAGUAAUAUAACAUUACUUUACCUUCUGAAAGGUAAAUUUUGUUUAUAAGGCAUCUCAGAGGCAUUAGAGCUUAAAAACCUACAACACAAGAUUUUACAGCACCAGUGUGAAAGGUAAUCACACAGCCAGACUGAACUGGAAGUGGCAAGUGUUAAGAACUAAGGUUUGGCCAAGUAUGAUGGUUCACUCCUGUUAUUUUGGCACUUGAGAAGCUGGGACAGGAGGAUUGCUGGGAAUUUAAGGCCAGUAGAGCCUACAGAAGAAUACUUUGUUUUUAAAAGUGGGAGGAGAUGAGAAGUGCGAGAACCUGUGUUCAGUUCCCAGCACUCAUAUGGUUAUUUUUUUUUUUUUUUGGUUCUUUUUUUCGGAGCUGGGGACCGAACCCAGGGCCUUGCGCUUCCUAGGUAAGCGCUCUACCACUGAGCUAAAUCCCCAGCCCCACUCAUAUGGUUAUUUAAGGGAUCAGAUGCUCUCCUCUAGCCUCCACAGCCACUAGACAUACAUGUGGUACACAUAUAUACAUGUAGGCAAAACACUUAUACACAUAAAAAAUCUUAAAAAAAAAAAAAAAGAAACACUGUUUUCACAGAAAUACAUGACUGCUAGCAGACUCAGCCUUUUUCUUUUUUUCUUUUUUGCUAGGCAAGCGCUCUACCACUGAGCUAAAUCCCCAAGCCCAGAUCCAGCCUUUUGCUAGCAUCUUUUGCAUAUAUUUAGUAUGAUCUCUUACUGAUUUCUUUCUACACCUACCAGCCCCCAUAAGUUUCUGAUGCCACAACCCCAUAUGACUCUGAUUCUCUCUUGAUUUUUCUUUCUUCUCCUACUUCUCUUUUAAGUUUUUUUUACUAGCUUUUAUGUGUCAAUAUUUUGCUUGCAUGUAUGUAUAUGCACCACAUACAUGCCUGGUGCCUGCAGAGGUCAGAGAGGGUGUUAGAUUCUGUAGAAUUGGAAUUAUGGAUGAUUGUGAGUUACCACGUGGGUGUGGGGAAUUGAACCUGGGUCCUCUGUAAAAGCAGCAAGUGCUCUAAGCCAUUGAAUUAAAAAAACUUUUUUUUGGUUAUUUUUAUUUGUUUGUUUCAAGAAAAGGUCUACUAAGUAGCUCUAACGGUCUGGGAACUCACUCGGUAGAGCAGGUUGGCCUUGAACUCACAGAAAUCUGAGUCCCUCUGACUCCCCAAGUGCUUGGAUUAAAGCUGUGUACCACAAUGCCCAGUUUAAAACAAAGAAUUUUUUAAAAAAUUAUUCUCUCUUAUAUUACAUCCUGAACACAGUUUCCCCUCCCUCCUAUCUUGCCAGCGGCCUUCCUGCCUGCCAUCCACUCCUCCAUUUCCAAAGAAUUUUUUAAAGUAUUCUUUUAAAUAUUUCUCAGUGUUUCUUAGUUUAGAGUCUAUAAUGGGAAAUCUAGGCCAGCUACUCUCCCAUGCUCAUCUUAGUUCAGUCAGCUGCAGUCAGCAGUAAAAUUCCUCCAACCUCUACACCAGGGCCUGUGGACUUGCUGGUUCAGGAAUGGGACCAAUACAGUAUUUAGUGCUGUCAGAAGAGACAAAUUCUGUUUAAUGUCUAUCAAGGUUUUGUCUACUUCACAAACACUACCUUAAGGCCAAAGUGUAGUAACCUUGUUCAAAGAACCUGGAAGAUGCUGUUUAUUGCAUGAAAGAAGUCACUUGUCACUUCAAAUCAAGGGAUGGAGAGAUGGUAUUUUCUGACCCUGUUUCAUGGAUCCCAGGCUGACUGCAAACAUGAUCUGUGGUCUAGAUUACUUUGGACUUCUAAUCCUCCUGCCUUUUCUUGGUGCUAGGGCAUGCUAGGGAUCAAACCCAGAGCUUUGUACGCUAGGCAAACACUCUACCAACUUAGCUACAUCCCCAGCCUCUUUUUCUUUUUAUAGACGUGAGCACAGUCAGACAUCUGAUGGCUUUGGUCACCUUGAUCAGUUAAAUGUCCCUCCAUAUCAUGUCUAAGACCACCAAGGAAGGCAGAUAAUACAGUCUCAAAAGCAGUACAGGUUCUCAAGUUAGUCAAGUUACAUUUCAAAUAAAGGGCUUGAUAAAAACCUCCGUGAACUAUGUGGGUUUGUGCUUAUUAGCAAAGCAGUAUUUAUAGUAAAAUCUUGAAAUUGUCCCAAAAAAUGGGACCGGAGACAUGUCUUUAGUAGUUAAGAGCACUUGCUCUUGUAGAGGACUAGAGUUUUGCCUAGUGUCCAUGUUGGGAGCUGAUAACUGCUUAUAAUAAUAGCUUUAGGAUUGCAACUUUUGCAAGCAAACUUUUAGUUGGUUGGUUGGUUGGUUUUGUUUUGUUGUUUUGUUUUGUUUUGUUUUUCAAAACAACUUUUCUCUGAAUAGCCCUGGCUGUCCUGAAACUCACUGUAUAGACCAGGCUGCCCUCUGAUGCCUGUUUGCCUUUGAUGCUUCUACCACCACCACCCAGCAAGAAAACUUCUUUAAAAACAGUCAUUAGUGCAACAUGGUCUUGAACUUGACAUAUAGCUAAGGAUGACCUUGAACUUCUGAUCUUCCUAUCUUCACCUCCAAGUGCUGGGAUUAUAGGCCUUUACUACUACAUUAUAUACCUCAUGUAAUAUUCAUAAAUAUGAGUAAAUGUAUGGAGAAUAACAGGUCAGAAAAGUGGCAGGCACAUUCCUGGAGACUUGGUUUUGUUUAAACCAAACAAUUCAAAAUUAAGUAUGUAUCAGAACUAAUAUAUGCCAAUCAGUUCUUGGCUACUAGUUUAUAACUUAAAAAUUAAAAAUAGCACAAGAAUUAUAAAUACCUACUAACCAACUUUAGUGACUAAACAGAAAGAUAAACAGUUACCAAGGAUAAUUAAACCAUCCUUAUGUGAUUAGCUGUAGAACUCAGGGUUAUGCUCUUGUGGGGUAAGGCAAGGAGAUGUACAAAUGACUAGUGCACUAGUUUGUUCUUGACUGAACAUGAGAAUGACCUGGGGCCCUAGGAGAUACUUAAAAGCCAGGGCCCAUUCUGGAAUGGCUUCAUUGCUUUGUGACAGAGAAACUAUUUUUUCAAGUUCUCUCAAGUGAUUGCUGAGUGCCUGUGAGAAUUAGAAGAUCACGGAAAAAGAAAGUUAGUUAUUGAACUGGAAAUAGCCUAAGUUAGCCUGCUUUCCUGGAGCAGAGAGAGUGGGGAUUAGAGGAUAAUAAAGGGUCUUUGACUCCAUAGCGAGAAGCCAUAAUUUGAUUCCAGCCAUACACAUUCCAGCAGGAAGGAAAGUGGCUCUUGUUUCUUAAUCCCACUGGCCACAUUGGCAGUCCAUAGCCUUUUUUUGGAUUGUUUAAUGUCUAUCAAGUUUUCGUCUACUUCACAAGCACUAUCAUUAGGCCAAAGUUUAGUAUCCUUGUUCAAAAAACCUGGAAGAUGCUGCUUAUCUUCUGAAAGAAGUCACUUGUCACUUCAAUUCAAGGGAUAGAGAGGUGGUAUUUUCUGACCCUGUUAUUUGGUUUUGCUGUUGUUUUUUGGCACUGCCUCAAGGGUAGCCCAGGCUAGCCUCGAUCUCUUGAUCUCCCUGCCUCAGCUUCCAGAGUGCUGAGAUUAUAGGUGUUUAAUAUCACAUGUGGAGAGCCUACUUGUUAAAUUAGGCAUGGGGAAAUACCAAGAUAGACAUGUUAUCCUCUUAGCUGAGAGUAAGCCUAGAUAUUUAUUUUUAUCAAAUAAAUCUCCACCUGUCUCUGUCCACAGAGUGCUGGGAUCAAAGGUGUGCAUCCCCCAUGUUGGCAAAGGGAUAAGAGUAACUACCUUUCCUGAAUGCCUAUUAUGUGCCAGACAUUAAUUUAUAAUUUUUCUAUAUUAAAAUAGACUAGCAUACCCCCUAUUUAUAUAUAAUAUGAGAGGUUUGGAGAGCUUUGGGAAAUGGUAGAUAAAUGUUCUGGUAUAUGUAAGACUCCAACCUAAUCUUGUCCUGUCUUGUAUCCAUUAUUUCAAAUACACUGUCCAGAGCACUAGCUGUAGAAUUUUUAGAGAGAAGAUGGGAAAUAGUCAAUGCCCACCUAACAGAUCAAGGGCCCAGGCCUGAAUCUGUCUUUUGUAAAAAGUGUACAUUAGCUAUAACACUUUAGCCAGUUGUCCAUUUUGCUCCUCAGGGAGCUCACAGUUAACCAGUGAUUGCUCAACGCUGCUCUAAUAAAUGACUACACAUUCCCAGUGCAGGCUAUCUUGCAGGUUGGGGUAUCUCAGCCUCCUCAGUCCCUUGGUCAUUGGAGUACCUAUUAUAGGGUCUAUAACCAAUGUAACACCAACAACUCUCCCUUCAUGCCCUUGUUUUCCUUCCAGAAGUGUACCUUAGUUACCCCAUACCCUUCUGCUUGUAUAGGCUUUUGUGCCCUGUAGUUGGUAGGCUUGGUGGUUAUAAAAUAAUGCUAAUAUGAUGAAAAUGUACAUUUGAACCUGCUUAA